AUGGAAACCUCCCAACCUCUCACCAUUGAAAGCUUCUCCUACAGUUGGUUAAUCAAUCGGAAACCGUCCCUCGACGCCAUAUUCGACAACAACGAAGAUUACACCGACUGCUAUAAAGAAGAAAACGUAAAUUCUUUUGUGAAUUCACAAGGAUUCCACAAAGAAUCCCAUAACUUCCGUUUUGAUCUUCCAAUUUGCACCCCGAAUCUUGUCCAUGCCGAUGAAAUUUUCUUCAAUGGGCGUAUGAUUCCUAAAUCCAUCAACGAGGCAAGGCUUCAUUCAUCCCCUGCUACACCUGUGGUUCAUUUUCUAUCAAAGAGCCCUUCAAAAUAUAAGAGGAGUUAUAGUCAACUUCUCGCGAAUUGGCGAGUUUCUUCCAAAAGGGUGCUUAGAAAGUGUUUUAGCUUUCUUAUACCACGAAAAAGUAUAAGAAUCGUGGAUAGCUCGAUGAAUUUGGUUCGUUUGUCAUCUUCUGUGCUUACACAUGAGCAAAUGAGUGAGAGAAGCGACGUCUACACGACCACAUUAGGGAGAACAAAGAGUUGGAGUCCUAAUUCAACAUAUGGACCUCAUUUUUCAUGUUCGAAAAAUGAAUCGUGUGACUAUGAUGAAAGAUCAAUUCUUGAGGCGGUCGUUCAUUGUAAAAGAUCAUUCGAAAGCUGAAGAACGGAAUGGAUGAAACUCCUAUUUAAGAAGAUCGAUCAAUGCUAAAAAGAGUAUGCAAACUUAGACUUUAAAUUUAAAUGUUAAUAAGACGUAAUACGAUGACGGAGAUGAAUUUUAAUAUCAGUUAUUGUUGUUUCAUAUAUACAUUAGACAUAAUUACUUUGGUUCGUUAGAUUUUGUAGACGUGUUGUUCAAACUUUUCUUUUCGAGCUCGUACAAUAAGAAUUCUAAUAAGAUAAAGGACAUAGAAUGCUAUGUAUAUGUUUAGAUCUAGAAUCAAUCAUCAAGCUUAUUAUGUGUGUUAUAUAUAGAGAGAGAUGAG